UCAAAUUUCAUUUUCUUUUUGUGUGAAAGCAUUUAUUCCCACAAUAUCCAUAAGUAGCUGCCCUGUGAGUCGCCCAAACCAUCAUCAAAUCAACAACAUUAUUCACCAUCAUCAACAUUGUAACCAUGAAAACCCCUCAGUUACCUCCACCCUUGCAACUAGAAAACCAGUCCCCACCACCACCACGUCCGAUGUGGCAAAUCAUAACCGUCGCCGCCAUCGCCGCCGGCGUACAGUUCGGGUGGGCCCUACAGCUCUCCCUCUUAACUCCAUACGUCCAGCUGUUAGGAAUCCCACACAAAUGGUCCUCAUACAUCUGGCUCUGCGGCCCAAUCUCCGGCAUGAUCGUACAACCCAUCGUCGGCUACUACAGCGACCGCUGCACCUCCCGGUUCGGCCGUCGCCGCCCCUUCAUCGCCGGCGGCGCCAUAUUAGUCGCCGUAGCCGUCUUCCUAAUCGGUUUCGCCGCCGACAUUGGCGUUUCCACCGGCGAUAAACCCGGCACCGCCCCAAAGCCCCGUGCAAUAUCCGUAUUUGUAAUCGGGUUUUGGAUUUUAGACGUUGCAAACAACAUGCUACAGGGCCCGUGCCGGGCCUUGCUAGCGGACUUAUCCGGUUCGGACUCGAGACGAAUCCGAACCGGAAACUCGCUUUUCGCCUUUUUUAUGGGCUUGGGUAACGUUCUUGGCUACGCGGCCGGAUCGAAAACGAACUUGUACAAAAUCUUUCCGUUUACUAAAACACAUGCGUGUGACAUUUACUGCGCUAAUUUGAAAACAUGUUUUAUCAUAUCCAUAGCGUUGUUAUUAAUCAUAACCGUGGUCGCCCUAACAACCGUUUCGGAAACCGUGAUAGAUAACGUUUCCGAAACGGAAAACGGGAAAGUGGAGCAGCUGGUUUUUUUUAAGGAAAUGGUUGGGGCGUUGAAGAUGUUGUCAAAGCCGAUGUGGAUAUUGUUAUUGGUGACGUGUCUGAAUUGGGUUGCAUGGUUUCCGUUUUUGUUGUUUGAUACUGAUUGGAUGGGACGUGAUGUGUACGGUGGUGAUAACAAUCUUAAGUUGUAUAACCAGGGUGUGAGUGCUGGUGCGUUGGGGCUGUUGUUGAAUUCGGUGGUGUCUGGGGUGACGUCACUGGGGAUGGACCAGCUGACAAGGGUUUGUGGUGGCGUGAAGCGGUUGUGGGGUGGGGUGAACUUGUUGCUAGCGGUUUGUUUGGGGAUGACUGUUUUGGUUUCGAAGAUGGCGGAGGAAUCACGGCAGGCUGACGGUGUGACGUCUGGUCGGUUACCUUCGGCCGGUGUGAAGGCCGGUGCAUUUACUCUUUUUGCUGUUCUUGGUAUCCCGCUUUCGGUAACUUUCAGUAUUCCAUGUGCUUUGGCUUCCAUUUUUUCUAACGACUCAGGACUAGGACAAGGUUUAUCAUUAGGUGUUCUUAACCUUGCAAUUGUUAUACCACAGAUUUUUGUAUCGUUACUAAGUGGACCGUGGGAUUCAUUAUUUUCGUUUGGAAACCUGCCGGCAUUUGUCGUAGGAGCAAUCGCAGCAGCAAUAAGUGGAAUAUUGGCCUUUACUCUGCUUCCAUCACCACCUCAAGAUGUGCUAGCAAAGGUUUCUGGGGCACCAAUGCACUAAAGAGAGAGUGCCGUUUUUUCAAGCUUAUUUUGUGUCUAAAUCUUGCUUUUGUUGUUAUAACUUAGUUUAAAACAAAACGAUGGUCUGCGACGGUUAUCUUUUGCUCAACCGGUUGGCAUGUACUAUUAUAUCAUGUCAAUUGGUAUUUAGGUCAAAGUCACUUAAAUAGACUAUAAAUAGGUUAUUUUAUGUGUGUUUAUUGCUAUGUAACUAUGGUACGAGCAAGAGCUCGUUUCAUAUAUUGGGUCUUAUAUAAU